AUGAAGAAAAUCAUGUGCCAAAUUAUGGGAGAUUUACCUAAAGAUCGCGUUCUUUCUUCCAGACCAUUUCUCAAAACGGGUAUAGAUUUUGCAGGGCCGAUAAUAACGAAGCCAAAUCUCAAGAGAACAAGGGUUACCACAAAGUCAUACAUUGCUUUAUUCAUUUCCUUCACGACAAAAGCAGUUCAUCUUGAAGUUGUGUCCGAACUAAGUACAGAUUCAUUCUUAGCGUGCCUCAGAAGAUUUAUAUCGAGAAGAGGAAAACCUUCAGACAUAUAUACUGAUAACGGCUCUAACUUUAAAGGUGCAAGAAACUAUUUAUACAGUCAAAUGGAAAUUCUUAAAUCAGCAUCAGUUCAGGACUUUGCUUCAGAACUGUUUAUUAACUGGCAUUUCAUCCCACCCAGUGCACCUCAUUUUGGAGGAAUCUGGGAGUCUAACAUCAAAUCAAUGAAGCAACAUCUUUUCAAAGUAUGUAAAUCAGCAGUGCUUAAUUAUGAAGAAUUAUCAACUUUAAUUAUUCAGAUUGAAGCAUGUAUGAAUUCAAGACCAGUAACUCCUCUUAGUAGUGAUCCAAACGACCUUGAUCCCUUAACACCGGGUCACUUUCUGAUUGGAGCACCGCUUCUAGCAAUGCCCGAGUCUUAUCAAGCAGAAAAUUCGCUAUCAUACACUUCAAGAUUUAAGUUGAUUCAAGCUCUUCGCGAAGGAUUCUGGAGGCGAUGGAGUGCUGAGUAUCUCACACAGUUACAGCAGAGAAGUAAAUGGAAGUCAUCUAACCCAAAUAUAAAAACUGGACAACUGGUGUUGUUAAAAGAAGAUCUAAAACAUCCCAUGAAAUGGAGUUUAGGAAGAGUUAUGGAAACUUUUCCUGGAGAUGAUGGAGCUGUAAGAGUUGUUCAGGUGAAAACUACAUCAGGAACAUUUAAAAGACCAAUAACUAAGAUUGCUCCCCUACCAACUUAG